GUGACCACGUGUCUCCUGCCGGCUUGCUUGUUUCCUCCAAUGCGAGAUUCAUUACUUUUCAUUCUGAAGCGAGUCUGGGCAGGGAGUGGACUGGCAAGAUGGCGGCGCGGUGGGGAGCAGGCGAGGAGACUUUAACAGCCUGCAGUCUGGACUUCUUCACCAUGGACACACUAGACGAGACUGAUGUGCUGAACUCAGCAGAAACUCUGGAGGCCCUUCAAAGCUGCUUAGACCCCUCCAUUCUUUCUAUCUUUGAGGACACACCAACAAUAGAGACUAAAGGUCUAGAUGAGGAGAGUGAAGCCACGCUGCUAACUGCCCUGACUGAGAUCCUUGACAAUGUGGAUGAUGAGAACCUGUCCCCGUUUGACACACUGCCCGACUCUGACCUGUUGUCAGGUCAGAAGGGCAGGGAACACUCUCCGCUCAGGAGAUUGCUGUGUCUGUCCCGUUCCCCUCCAGAGAAAGACACAUUUUGUAACACAAGAGCCUUAUCAACUGGAAAGAGCCUCCCAAGGAUACUGGCAGACUCUCUCCAGAGAAGUGAUGGGGAGGAGGAGGAAGAUGGCUCCCUCACUCUGAGCCCAGAGAGUCAUGAUUCUUCUCCUAACAGCGACCUGCUGCACUGGGAAGGUCUGAGCCUCCCGCUUCCUAUCACCUUUGAGCAGGAGGUUGAAGAUGGCAUUUCAGUCAGCCUGGGGGACCUGGUCAGGCAUAUGCACCCGUACUGUAUGUCCUUUUCUAUGGAGAAUGACGAGGGGGAAGAGAUGUUGCCCGAAGGAGGCAUCUUACUUGAAGUCGUGGACCAGGGAGAAAAUGGAGAACCCAUCCUGGCCAUCCCAGACAUGGACCUCCCAGUCUCUCUUCCAUUUGAAGAGCUGUCUUCAGAAAACAAGCUGAGAGUUUCAGAUGAAGCAGAAGAAGUGGCGUCUAACUGCUCAGAACAUAUAGUCGUUGACGAUGAAGAUGAGGUUCCGUUGACCGUUGCAGCCCCUGUGAUACCACACCUAUGUUCAGAUGUGAAAGAUAAGAUGAUCGUUAGGAGACAAAAGGAAGAGAUUAAAGAGAAAAGCCCCUCCCGGAGAAAAAAGAAAAAGAAAUGCAAGGAACAAUGCCAACCCGAACCUGUGGAGGGAAGGGUCCUUAGGAGUGGCACUUUAAGAAAGACGACCCAGGAGUCUCCCAAAAAGCCUGAAAAAAGGCCCGUUAAAGAAAAGAAAGACAAAGCCCCAAAGGUUCCUCUUGCCUCAACUCCAGUUUCUCAUUCUGUAAAACCUAAGAAACUAAAUCGAUGCCAAACUGAAAAACAAAUCACCACUACAACACUAUUGCCUGAAGUGAAUGUGCAAGAUGCCACAUCUGUGUCCAAACAGGAAACAGCGCCGUUAAAUGCUCGCCCUGAGAAGAGUCAGCCUAGCUGUUCAGCCACAACGGUGAGCUCCCAACAGCCCGAUGAAAUCCCUAAACAGCCGGCCCCGGCCCCGGCCCCUGAGAAGCUGGAAGACUCAUCAGCAGCUCCCUCUGCUGUCCUGCCCCUGGCGUCUUCAGAGAGCCCCGCAGCUGCUUCUAGUCCCGCAACACCCCAGAUGCCACCACCUGUUAGUGAGGCCCUCCCUCCUGUGGCGGUCUUCGAGCCGAAGCCCAAAUCGCUCAGUCUAGCGGAGUACCGGCGGCUCCGGCAGCAGAAAAAGCCAGCCCCGGUAGAGAAACAAGAUGACAACAGCACCAAGUGGCCCAGCCUUCCAGAGCUUCCUACAGAGCUUCCCCCCAUUCCCUGCCUGCCUCAGCCCAGCCCCAGAGAUGUCCGACGCCCCAACCCCCAGGCACAAGAGGAGGAGGUCAGACCUGCCUGGCAGCCGAGGGGACCGUGUGCACCACCCACCCCCGAGGCGCUGUUGGCGCCACCGGCCUACAUGGUUGCCGCAUCCAGCAGGGUUACUCCUGUUCCUAAACCCCAGCAACCUCAGCAAACACCCAAACCCUCUUUACCCCCAAAGCACUCAGCUCCUGUCCCUAAUUCAGUGAAGAAUGUACCCACACAUCAACACAUCACCGCUCAACCUGGUGUGCCUCAGAGCUCUGGGUCUCCAGCUCCUUUAAAAGCUGCCGCUCAGCUUGUGUCGUCAGCAGAUGGGAAAUGUUCUCCCGCACUCUCAGGAGGAAAGAGUGGAGUCGAUGAAAGGCCCCAGUCUCAGCCUGCAUCUCCUAAGUCUGUGGAGCUCACUAAAACCUGUCCUCAAACCACUACAGAUGCGAUCAAACCCACCGCUGCCACUGUGUCUGCGCCCAGUGCCCCCCAGAAGAUUGUUGUUUCCCAGAAGGUGCCUGAGGUCACUGCUUCGGUGUCCUUGAAUAACCCCAUCACAUCUGAUAGCAAGUCCUCCAAACCCACAGUUAAUGGUACCCAGCUCCGUUCUCCUCCGGCUACCCAUCCCUCAGACUCCCACAGUCUAAAGGCAAAACCUGUCGUACUUGAAACUAAAGCGAAACCCACUACAGCAGUGAAACCCCAGACGGCAAAGAGUGCCACUCAGCAGCUGAUCGAGGCCUUCACCACUGAGAUCGGUAUUGAAGCUGCUGAUCUGACCAGCUUGCUGGAGCAGUUUGAGGAAACCCAAGCCAAAGUGGAGACAUGUGUGCCGGAGGUCUCUGGUAGAGCAGCAGCUGUAGGAAACUCGAGUGUUGAGUUGGCUCCAGAGAAAACAGUUGUGGAGCGUGUGAGAGCUAACGACCUCUCAAGUACUGCAGCUUUGACUCCUCCGGCUACUCCUCCCCACCAGAUGUGGAAACCCCUGGCCCCCGUGGCCCUGCUGGGGAAGAGCAAGGCUGCUGAGGCCUCCAAGUUGAGCCCCUACAAGGUGAUCCAGAUAGAAGCCCGGCCUAUGCCCUCAGCCAGGUCCCGCAGCAAACCCACUCCUGCUGCCGCCACCGUGGACCCCGAGGUGGCAUGCAUGGACCACGACUAUUGCCUCCCUAACAAAGGCACGUCCGCUGAAGAGGCAGGCAAGCGUUGGAAUGUCAAACAGCCAUCUUUUAUCACCAUCAAACCCAUCAGGCAACCCGCUACAACCACUACACAAACACCCCCAGCUGUUCUGGCACCGUCUUCCCAGUCUACCACGAACCCUGCGGUUAUAACCAAAGCACAAGAGUUUCCCCUGACAGAGCCGCUGGAUCACAGGACUGGUAUGGUGGAGAGGAGCUCUGUCCUGGAGACUCCUGAUGCUUCGCCUGAUCGGCAGGAGACUGAUGCCACUGAUAAAGAAGGAAGCCCCAGGAGAGAGCAUUGUGGGAGGUCCUACCGUCGACAUGCUGCUUCUCGUACACCCAGCCCCAGAUCCAGUCCCAAAGAGAGGACUGGAGGCCGGUCGAGAAAAAGAAGAUCCCAUCGUUCUCCCAGCCCCACGUCCAGCAGUUCAGAGUCAGACUCCCAUUCCUCUAGAUCUCGGUCUAGAUCACACUCUCCAGCUAAGAAAAGGUAUCGCCUCCGUCACUCUGAGAGUAGUUCCAGCUCCUCAUCCCGUUCCUCCUCUCGGUCCUCUCCCUCUGUGUCCCGCUCCCCUCCCAGGAGGAGGAGGUACUCGUAUUCCUCUUCUCGUUCGGGCUCUUGGAGUCGCUCCCGGUCGCGGUCUCAAUCCCCACAGAGACGGGCAGGUUGGAGCAGAAGCAGCAGAUUGUACAGUCCCUCGUGUGUGUACAGCUAUGGUACCAGUGCAAAGCCAAAUGUGGAGGAGGUGAGGAGACGCAAGGAGAAAGCCAUUGAGGAGCGCCGGGUUGUUUACGUUGGGCGUAUUCGGGAAACGAUGACCCAGAAAGAACUCAGAGAGCGUUUCUCUUUAUAUGGCGAGAUUGAAGAAUGCACCCUGCACUUUAGAGACCAAGGGGACAACUACGGGUUUGUGACUUAUUACGACACCAAGCACGCUUUCACGGCCAUCGAGAAUGGAAGCAAGCUGCGCAAGCCCGACGAGAUGCCAUUCGAUCUCUGUUUUGGUGGAAGGAGACAGUUCUGCAAGACCAAUUAUGCUGAUCUGGAUUCGAGUAGAGAGUACGAUCCAUUGCCCGCGAAAGGCAAGUUUCAUGCACUAGACUUCGACACUUUAUUGAAGCAGGCCCAGCAGAAUCAGAAGAGGUAACAGGAGGCCCGCAGCAGGAAUCAGCCGACACUUACCUCAGAGCCAACGGUUGGCUCCUCACCUGCAACACUGUCUUUACAUUUUAGUUGUUGCAUUAGUUUUUAUUUUGUUUGUUUUAUUUUGUUUCUGCAAGCUAACACCUUCUAUUGAAGUGAAGAUUUGUAAUGAAAGUAGUAAAAGAAAAAAAAUGAAAUAAGAGAAAUUAAAUAAUUUUUUUAAAAGUUUAUUUAAAUGUAUAAUCAAAUUUGAAUUGUAUGGAGAGAAUCAUUUUUAAAAAGGGGAAAGGUAAGUGGGAUGGAGCUCCCUAAUUCCCGGGAGAGGUUGUGAUACAUUAAAUGUACUACAAACGAAAAUAAAAAAAGAACCUGAAAUGCA